AUGAAACGUUUAGUGAUCUGCUUGUUAUUGUUGGGUGUUUGUCAUGCCACGCCUACGCUGCAUAAAUUAAAAGCGUUUAAGAACGCGCUGCUAUUCGGUGGAGGUGGCGGUGGUGGCUGCGGUGGCGGCUGUGGUGGAGGUUAUAGCGGAGGCGGAUAUGGUGGUUAUGGUGGCGGAGGCUACGGCGGCGGUGGUGGCGGUCAUGGCGGUGGCUUUGGCGCGCCCAGCAUACAAGUAUACGCCGUGAAACAAGUGCCUUCCUACAGCAGCGGCGGUUAUGGUGGUGGUGGCUACGGCGGCGGCGGCAGCGGCGGCGGUGGUGGUGGCUGUGGUAGUGGUGGUUGCGGCGGUGGCGGUUAUAGACCCAAUUAUGGCGGCGGUGGAUACGCGCCUAGCUAUGGUGGCGGCGGCGGUGGCGGUGGUGGUGGUUUUGGUGGCAGCAACUCAUACGCCUCCAGCAGCUCGAGUAGUUUCAGCUCAGCCGGUAGUGGUGGCUUCGGCGGUAAUGGUGGUUUUGGUGGCGGCAAUCCUGGCUAUGGCGGUCAUCCAGGUGGUGGCGGCGGCGGUGGUGCUUGCAAUACUUGUGGAGGCGGUGGCGGUGGCGUUGGCGGUUAUGGUGGUAGUGGCGCUUACGCCAAUUCGCAAUCAUCAGCGAGUGCACACGCUGGCUCGUGGGGAAAAUGA